UUGAAAAUCACAUCGUCAUGGUUGUGGCCGCGGGAAUGUUUGCCGUGUCGAGCCGUCCGACGGUGCCCCUGGCGCUUCAAACUGUCGUCCUUCAAGCUGUCGAACGGGGAGCGAAAGCAGCCAAGACGCUCAAGGAGUUGGCGACCGUCGUGCAAGCCGACUUGGACGACAAGCAAGGCCGUGGCUGGCACGUGGUUGCAGGCAAAGACUUUGCCGUGGACAUCCGCUACCGCAAAGGAUGCUGUGCCGUGGUGCACAACGCAACUGCCAGGAUCAAACUCGUCGUGUACCGUACGACGGUGGCAACGACGGCUCCGCCUGCGGCAGGAUCCAUCGUCCUCCCCUCCGCCGUCGCGACCACCGACUCCAUCAAGGAGACGGUGAUGGAGUCCGACAUGCUAGCUCCGUUUCAAUCAGAAGUGCUUUCCGUGUGUCAACGUCUGGCCGCCACGCCUGACGACUCGGAUGUCCUCUGCAGUACGCUCAAGAAUUGGCUGACGCAACAAUAUGGCCAUACGUGGCACGUUGUCGUGUCGACGGGGUCGCGGGACUUGGUGGGCGCGGUGCAUGCCAACCCUGGCACGCUCUUGGACGUGGUGUUCGCCAAAUCGCUUUCAACCGUGUCGCAGACGAAAAAAACCCCACAGCAUCAGCAGCACGUUCGAUUUCUCGUGUAUCAGCACGGCGGCUUUGAAGCGUCACUGGACCUCAUCACACUUCUCCAUCGGGUGUGCUUGGUGCUGGCGGCCAUGGCGGGCGCACUCUUCCUCUUCUACCGUCUGUCGUACCGUCCAGAAUGCAUCGAGAACGACACAACCUGCACCGACAGCGACCAUGCCAAAGCCAUUGCUGGCGACUUUGGCCAAUUUGUGGCUACCAUUGUCGUUGUUGUGCUGAUUGGAACCGCGUCUCUUUUGCGUGUGAGCCGCAACGCCAUCCGUCAAAAGGUCAAGCACGUGUAAAGAACCCAGUGGAAUUUGGUUUUUCACCCGAUUUAUUGUUGUCCAAUUCAAAGAGGAUUAUCAAAAAAUAAAGAUAUUACCAUGGUGGGUUUUGGCUAUGGGUUCCCUC